AUGGUGAUUUGUCGAUGUGUUGGAAAUAAUGGAUCGAUAACUAUUCGGACUAAUUUACGUGAAGAAGAUUGGAAAAUGAAACCGGCCCCCAAUUUUGAACUGGGAACUAAGCUGAAAAUUCAUGCUUCAGGGGAAAUUGGCGUUUACGAUAGUAAAGAAGAAAUGACAGAGGUCGUUCAAAAAUGGAUUGUAUACUUGGAAAUACGGAUUGAGGAGAUGCAUGAAUUAACCGUUGUUUGGAUUCGUCAACUAGACGGUGCUUUGAUCAGAUAG